UUUUGGCAUGGUGUCAAUCACACACACGGUCACAUUGUAUCGUUAUAAUUAUGGACGAAGAACUGAAUUUUAUAAACAAAGAUUUAAACGAUGUCCUGCAGCAACUUGUCAACGAUAAAACACACGACAUGGCUGCAGAUGUGCAACAGCGAAAGGAGAAAGUUGCCAUGCUGAUCAAACUACAUGUGCGGCACCUGCAACAGACGGUGAUUACGCAUCGUCGCCGUCGCCAGCAGCGAGCACGACGACGUCUCAAACAGAUGCGUUCGUUCUUCAUGCAACAGAUGAUACAGCUGCAGUCGAAGUACAUGCACAUGUUUGCCAUGAUGCGGCUUAAGCACGCCCAACUAGACAAUCUGGAAGAGGAGGAGCCAAUUGCACAGAAUUGCGAAUCCCCGACAGCUGAAAUUGUGCCCACAGCGCACUCCGAGUUCUGGGAACUGACUGUGCCGCAGUUCAGCGACGAACAGUUCCUCAACAGCUUACAUGUAACCCGCAGCACCUUCCAGAUGCUCUGCAGCCAAUUGGCCCCGACGCUGCAAUCAGUGCCCGAGCUAACAUCACCUUAUUUGGAGCAUAUCUCCGCCGAGAAAUGCGUGGGAUUGGCGCUCUACUUCCUAGCCAGCGGUGAACGCAUUUCUAUCAUAUCGGAGCAGUUUGCACUACCACGAGCACGCACCAUCAAGUGCUUGAAGGUCUUCUGCAAUGCAGUGAUGAGCAGCCUGGGCAAAGCGUUGCGUCUGCUGCCCCAAAGCCAAACGGAUUGCACAAAUGUCUUGGCCGGAUUCCGCAGAGAAUGCAACAUGCCAGCUGCUCUAAUUGGUGUGCUCGCCGUCUGCUGCAUUCCACUGCGUGGCAAGGGGAAGGGGCAAGGUGAUGCCACGCUACGCAUGGAGUUUCUCCUAGACGAUCGCAUGCUGUUCCGUGAACUGCAGCUGGGCAAUGCAAGUGGCAACAGGGCGCCAUUGUCACCACUCUUCGCGCACUCUCCCAAUCCUCUUUCGCAGUUGCCGCUACGUUGCAUCAAUGGGCGUGAGGUGCCCACCUUUGUGCUGGCUCCCGUUCAUCAGAAUUAUCCCUUGAGACCUUGGCUGCUACAGCAAUAUACGGAUCCUGUGGCGCCGCACGAAUACGAUUUCAAUGAGGUAGCCGAUCAUCUGCAGGAGCUCAGUGAUUGUGCCUUACAUCGCCUGAUGUCACGUUGGCGUUUCCUUAGUCAACCACUUGACAUCAGCUUCCAGACCGCUUCUUGUAUCAUUACGGCAGCCACCGUGCUGCACAAUCUGCUCGAGGAGCUCAGCGAGCCACACAUGCUCGAGUGGGGCAAUAGUGUGGAUGUCUCCAGGUUCAGGCCACCUCCCAUUUUCCCAAAUCAGCCAGACAACAAUGAGGAUUCCAUACGUGCUUUAGAUGUGCGUGAUUUUCUCGCGAGGACAAUUAGCUCUACGGAAAUGUGAUAGGGAUUUAUAUUUACGGAUUGUAAAUAAAUUAGCUAAUAAAAGAAAUAUUUAUCUGUAAGCGAAGAUUCUUUAAUUUGUUAUUCAAAACUUGAACGAAACACCUCUAUGGAUUCUUUCGAUGGUGGAGAAAACUUCUUGUAUACUGGAAUAAGAGCUUCUUGAUGUUAAUUUAAUUAUACAUCAUUAAAGAGUGGAAAAUUGUAAAUAAUUUAAUUGACUAAAUAGAAAUAUAUAGUUUGUCUUUACUCAAAGCUCGUUUAAUUUAAUAGAGUUCUAAGAACAGUUGCAUGAUGAAACUUUCAGCUUGUACGAUUUUAUAUAUUCAAAAUAACAUCUUUCACCAUAUAAUAGUAAAUUAAUAUUGAUCUGCAAUUCUAUCUAUUAUUCUAUCAAUUAUUUAACAAAACCCCAGAAUUAACUGUAAUAUGUUCGAAUAGAAUCGAACUAGUAAAAUACAAGGAAAAAUCCCCAAAUUAAAAGUCUUGCAAGUACAUUAGAAAAACGUAAAAUUUAUUUUGUAUUUUAUAUUGUUAAGUGUAAAACAUGGCUCAAACGAUGUUUAGUACAGACGCUGAGGGGGACCCAUCGACGACUUAAUGUGCAGAGAACGCACGUUCUGCCAGUUCUUCUUGAGCAGAGAGACCAAGAAGUUGAUGGACAAACUGACGUUCUGGGAGAGCUCAUCCUGCUUCAUGCCGACGUGGCCAACGGCAACGGACAGACACAGCACCUUCUUCAUCUGGAACUUGAUGGUGGACUUGACCUCCUCGAUCUUGGCCAACAUCGACUCCUGGUGGGAGAGCAGACCAGGGAACUUGCCAGCCUUGUUAAGACCGGGACCCAACAGACGUGGGAUCUGCUUGAUCAGAGACUCGGAAGCCAAGAAAGCAUCAUAAGACUUGGCCAGUUUCUUGACCAGCUUCUUGUUCUUGUUCAGCUUCUUCAGAGCCUCAGCAUCCAUGAACUCAACGCCGUUAGCCUUGGCUU